AUGAAAAACAGAAAACAGAUAGUCUUCAAGAUCCAAAGUCCAAUUAUGAGCGACCGCGACUUCAGACAGAUGCUUGAAGGCGUCAUGGUGCAUCGCGAGAACCUCAUAAAAUACGGAACUCCGUAUCCUCCUGAAGCUCCAGACUCUGAAAAGAUGAAACAGAGAAAGGAGGAGUUAGACACAAAGAUAGCCGAAUACGAAGCAAAAAUUAAAGAAUUAGAUGAUACAAAAGAAAGAUAUAACCAAUUACUUCGUACAAUUUACGAAGAAGAGUCUCGUGUUAAAGAUGAACAAAAGAAACGCCUUCUCAAUAGGUCAGAAACACCAGGUAAUUACUUACAAGGCAAAAACUAG